AUGAAGUUUAAAAUCAUGGAUUUAAUACAAAAUUCGUUAGACUACCUCUCAGAAAAAUGGGAGGGAGAAGAUUAUUGUGUGAUAGUAAAAGCAGAAGAUGAAAUUAAAAGAUGUAAUAGGCAGAAAUCAAGGAUUGUUAGAAAUGUCAUUAAUACUAAAAUAGUUAAAGAGUUUGAUAAGUUGGAUGUUGAGUUACCAGUGACUUGUCCAUUACAUCCACAUCAUGAUAUAUAUAGGAUACAGGAAUCUCAUAAAUACAUGGAAACCAUCAGUAAAUGGACAUGUUUAUAUUGUGGUAAAGCAUUUGUAGCUGAGGAUUAUUUAGAUAGACAUUUUAUAAAUAGACAUUCGACAGAAAUCAAAAUACAUAAUUCCACACAAUGUUUAGCAGAUUAUUGUGAUGUAUUUCGCUGUGAUAUAAUAGCUGGAUUUAGAAAACCUGAUUUCUGGGAUCUAGCUCUUUGUAUGGAAGAUGAUAUGGAAGAAUCAGCCAAGGAUUGUGUGAAAUUAAUGGACAACUGUAUACCUAAACACAUCACAGCCAAUGAAACUAAAUAUUUUAAAAAAUUAUUAGAGGAGGCCGUUUGUUCCUAUUUAACUUGCAAUAAAUACUGGGAAAUACCAAAAACUGAGACACCAGAUGGUAAAAUAGCUGUUUAUGUGGUACUAGCAAUACUAAUAGCAUUUGGAUUAGUUGUCUACUAUUGUGUUUUUUACCAGUUUUAUUACACCGAUACGUUUUCUGAUUCCAUAGUUUAUGAUCCUACACCUCGAGGUAAUCACAGAAUGACACCAUAUUAUGAAGUUAGACAGAGAGCUAUGGCUAGAAAUGUACAAACAUGACAUUUCCUUUGUGACUUCCAAGUUUUCUUAUCAACUUUUCACCAGAUGAACAGAAAGUGGUCUUUCAAAAGGGAAAAACUGAAACAGUUGAGAUGAAUAAUGUGAAAGUGACAAUGGAUAUGUGGCUUAUGAUUAUACGCUCACAUCAAAAUGUGGAAGUAUAUUGCUGUUGCCCCUUUCCGACGGUCCGUCCACAUUUCUAUUGGAUUUUACUGAAAUUUGGUGUGAUCAUUUGUAUUCAUUUAUUACGUUCAAUUUGACGAUUUUUCUUUUCGAUGGUCUUUUGAGUUAUUUCCCUUGAAUUAAGAAAAACGUGUCUAAAUUUGUUUGUGAACACAAUCUAGACUAUAGUUUUCAAUUGAUUUGAAUGAAUCUUGGUGUGAUCAUAUAUAUCAAUAAGAUCUUUAACUAAUUCAUAAUUGACUAUCAUUCGAUGAAUAUUUUUUUAGUUAUUCCCUGUUGUCCUCAUCGGAUAAAAAUUGUUGAGAAUUUAGUGAGGUUCAAAAUCAAUGAUUUUUCAAUGAACGGCAUUUGAGUUAUUGCUUGUAGUGGGAGUAUGUUACCUUGCCUGGUAAGCUAUCUUGUGAAUUUUUAAGUGAGAAUAGGUCGGAAAGUAUUACUAUCUGAUAAAUGAAAACUGUAUAAUGCAUUCAACAAUAUAUUAAUAUAAC